CUGUGCAAAAGCAAAAGGCAGUCCAAGCUACUUGUCAGUGUUCAGAAGGAGACAGUGUCUUACAAAUUUCUAUGUGGAUAGGAAGCCACGAGGGAGAUGAGAUGACAUUCCAGGCGGAGAUGGAAUGGGAUCAGUGGAGAAUGAACUGGAUUGAUCCCAUGAAAUUUGGAUGCUCAAGGAAAUGAAAAAUCCCCAGUAGUUAUAACUUCAAAUUUCUUUUCGUAUGUCAGAAUCUGCACAGCGCACUCAAAUUUGACGACCUAAUGCGUGUACUUGUUCUAAAUUGUUGGUUUUUUAAGAGAGAGCACAGCGAAACCCUGGCUGGAAAGCAUCCAAGGAGAGAAGGGGAGGGAGCACUGCAGGCAAGAGCGACCUCCUCGAUCCUCUCGACAUUAAAAGGCACCCUUUGCUUGCUCUUCCCACGCCCGUCCCUUUCUUCUUCACAACCCAGCACAGAGAAAGAGAGGGAGGGAACAAAGGAGUCUCCUUUCUUCUUCCAUUUUAAUUUGAGAGAUGAUGAGCUCCCUCCUUCGUUUGGCCUCUUUCUUCUUCGCCUCCUGCUCUCCCUUCUUGGUCUUCGGCAAAGUGUCCACCGCAGCUCUGCAGAGUCUCCCGGUGCUCUCUUUCGAGGAAGGUUACACGCAGCUAUUCGGCGACGGCAACCUCAUCUUGCUCCGCGACGGGAAGAGAGUUCGCAUCUCCCUCGACGAGCGAACAGGGGCCGGGUUCGCCUCCCAGGAUCUCUAUUUGCAUGGCUUCUUCAGCGCCUCCAUCAAGCUUCCUACCGAUUACACCGCCGGCGUAGUCGUCGCGUUCUAUAUGUCAAAUGGAGAUUUGUUCACAAAGAACCAUGAUGAAUUGGACUUUGAGUUCUUGGGGAACAUAAGAGGGAGGGAAUGGAGAGUUCAGACCAAUGUUUAUGGAAAUGGAAGCACAGGGGUCGGAAGAGAAGAGAGAUAUGACCUCUGGUUUGAUCCGACAGACGACUUCCAUCGCUACUCUAUCCUAUGGAAUCAUGAAAGGAUCAUAUUCUACAUAGAUAACAUCCCAAUUAGGGAGGUACUAAAGGCUGAGGCCAUUGGAGGAUACUUCCCCUCCAAGCCAAUGUCUCUCUACUCUACUAUAUGGGAUGGUUCUAGUUGGGCUACUUUGGGUGGUAGAUACAAGGUCAACUACAGAUAUGCACCGUAUGUUGCUGAGUUUGAAAAUCUUAUCAUCCAUGGUUGCGUAGUAAAUCCCAUGGAUCAUUCUUUAGCUUGCGAGAGGCCUGACUCAGCCAUGUGUGGCUCAAUGGGUAUGACGUCCGAGCAAAGAGAACAAAUGAAUUGGUUCCGGAAGAAACAUAUGAUCUAUUACUAUUGCUUUGAUCGUUGUCGAUACCAAGUGCCUCCCCUUGAGUGUAUCAUUAAUCGAAUGGAAGCGAGGCAGUCAUAUGGAGUGGAUGGUGUGAGAAUUCACAAUCAUCGAAGGCAACAAAGAAGAGUCCAGCGCAAUCAUAGGCCAGUGACCGCAUCAGAGAUUUCAUUGUGAGCUUAUUGCUUAUUAUCAUAGCUGGAUUUAUGCUGUAUAGUACGAGUAAGAGAGGAUGGUGCAUGAUGUAGAUGCACUUAGUUUAGUAAUGUUCAUUCUACUUGCAUGUUGGUUUGUAACCUUGGGUCAUUUUCUUCCUAUUACAUCUGGUUCAUCAUA